AUGACGUCACUUGAAAUCUCACUGAUUCUCGUCUUACACGUGAUAGCUUCAUCUUUGGCAGAAUAUGUUCGACUUGUUGAUGGAAACAACACAAACGAGGGUCGCGUGGAAGUCUUUUAUCAGAAUCAAUGGGGAACAGUUUGCAAUGAUCAUUGGAACGAUUUGAUCGCCACGGUUGUAUGUAGACAGCUCGAUAUAGGAGUUGGAGAAGUUCUUCCAGAAGGCACUUACGCACCAGGCACGGGCAAAAUAUGGAUGGAUGACAUCGUUCAGUUCGUUAUCUAUCUAUCUAUCUAUCUAUCUAUCUAUCUAUCUAAUUCAGUCAGUUCGUUAUCUAUCUAUCUAUCUAUCUAUCUAAUUCAGUCAGUUCGUUAUCUAUCUAUCUAUCUAUCUAUCUAUCUAUCUAUCUAUCUAUCUAAUUCAUUCGUUAUCUAUCUAUCUAUCUAUCUAUCUAUCUAUCUAUCUAUCUAUCUAUCUAAUUCAGUCAGUUCGUUAUCUAUCUAUCUAUCUAUCUAUCUAUCUAUCUAUCUAUCUAAUUCAGUCAGUUCGUUAACUAUCUAUCUAUCUAUCUCUCUAUCUAAUUCAGUCAGUUCGUUAUCUAUCUAUCUAUCUAUCUAUCUAAUUCAGUCAGUUCGUUAUCUAUCUAUCUAUCUAAUUCAGUCAGUUCGUUAUCUAUCUAUCUAUCGAAUUCAGUCAAAACAACACAAGCGAAAUUCGUUUGAAGGGGAAAGUGAAAGGAAUCGGCAUUGUGGAAAUGCCAAAACUGUAUGUCGUCAACUUUGCUACAACGAAAUAUAUGCGCUCCCUGGCGCUAAUAGACAACUAAUCGAAGAUAAUAAAACACCCGUCAUGUUUUUCUUUCCUCGCUCAUUGCCAUGUUCUCUCCCUUACUCACUCAUUGUCAUGGUCUUUCUCUCCUCCCUCAUUGUCCUGGUCUCUCCUAACUUGCUCAUUGACCUGGUCUUAUUCUCCUCGAUCAUCGCCCUCGUCUUUCUUUCCUCGCUCAUUGCUCUGGUCUCUCCUAACUCUCACGUUGCCCUCGCCUUUUUAUCCUCGCUCAUUGACCUGAUAAUUCUUUCCUCGCUCAUUGCCACAGCCUUUCUCUCUUCGCUCACUGACCUGGUCUUUCUUUCCUCGCUCACUGGCUUGGUCUUUCUUUCCUCGCUCACUGACCUGGUCUUUCUUUCCUCGCUCAUUGCCACAGCCUUUCUCUCCUCGCUCAUUGCUCUGGUCUCUCCUAACUCUCACGUUGGCCUCGCCUUUUUAUCCUCGCUCAUUGACCUGAUAAUUCUUUCCUCGCUCAUUGCGACAGCCUUUCUCUCCUCGCUCACUGACCUGGUCUUUCUUUCCUCGCUCACUGACCUGGUCUUUCUUUCCUCGCUCACUGACCUGGUCUUUCUUUCCUCGCUCAUUGCCACAGCCUUUCUCUCCUCGCUCAUUGCUCUGGUCUCUCCUAACUCUCACGUUGCCCUCGCCUUUUUAUCCUCGCUCAUUGACCUGAUCUUUCUUUCCUCGCUCUCUGACCUGGUCUUAUUUUCCUCGCUAAAUACCACGGUCUUUCUCCACUCGCUCAUUGCCCUGGUCUUUCUCUCCUCAUUUAUUGACCUGGGCUUUCUUUCCUCGCUCAUUUCCCGCCCAGUUUGGAAACAGAACGAUACCUACAUAUCCGUCACUGUUCUUCUGUCCGAAUGUGGAAUGACUGUUCAGCAAAACACCACACAUAUAACCUACCAAUUAAUCCUAUGGCAUGUGCCCACUAAAAUCGAAGGAGAUAUUGUUAAGCAAAAUACCUACCGCCAUACUUUGAUCUGCGACUUCCUCCGCGAUGGUCAGGCGGGUCAUGGGCCUUGGAUCCCACAGACUGUUGCCGUCACGCAGAAGAGUGUCGGGUCAUUUAUCUUCACGAUGGAAUUCUAUAGCCAAAGCACAUUUAGUGGAAGAAUUACGAAGUUUCCACUCCUGUUAACUCUUGGAGCUUGGUUGAAUAUAGCCGUGUUCUUGAAGACAGAAGGAGAUAAUCUGAAGAUCAUCGUCCCAUCAUGUUGGGUGACAACAUCAACAGACAGACUGAGUAAGCCUAAGCAUAUGCUUUACGCGAACAAAUGCCCUGUCGAUAAGACAGUAAGCCUCUUAUCGAUUAACCAAACUACCCUGGGGUUUCGAUUCCAGACGUUUACAUUCUUUAAUAAUUUCGGUUCGCUUUACGUCCACUGUGACACCUUCGUUUGCCUGCAGAACGAAAAGAACGAGCGAUGUGAUCAAUCUUGCGGAUUCAAAAACAGGCGGCGCAAAAGAAGUGAUAAUUCUAGAUUGAGUGACAUGAUUUAUCACGUGACCAGCGCACCUUUUGUGAUUUAUGAUGCAUCGACAAAUAAAACGAAUAAAGUUGACAACAUCCGAAUAGACUCAACAACUUUAACGAGUAAACGAGACACUUUAUAUGAUGUUACUUUCCCUCGCAAAACGCAUGAUAACCAAAUGAUUAUCAAUACGACAGAAAGUAGUCUGGAGUCCAUAACCAACUCAAAAGUGCCGGUGUCAACAGACACUGACGAUACAGCUACCAACAUUAAUACGAAUACUGCUAGAACCGAAUCCCAAAUCCAAAACUUUAUCACAUCGAGAAUGAAAGCCAUGCAGAGUACGGAAACGUUUACGCUAAACAAUAAUUGGAUAUUCACGAGUACAGUGGCAUCGAUAUUAACGCCAAGGGAGACAACACAAGAUAAACUGAAAAAAACAGAACUGGAGAAGAAAGAACGGUUUGCUAUGCUCAAAAGAUAUAUACCCGAGGCCUCUUCCAAAGAACCAGGUCUGAAAAAAUUCCACCAUUUGCAAAUACUUUCCUUAGCAUUAACAUUAAUGACCUUCUGGUUUUUAGCUUAA